AAGGUAGUUGCGUCUCCAGUUGCUGCAUAAAUAGAUAGCUUCUUUGUUAAAUCAAAACUAGUUUUAAUUCAGCUCGAAGAUCCUCGUUGUAAAUGCACAUCUGGACGAGAAAGGAUGCUGUUAGUCGGAUAUAGCCCAUAAGGAGGCAGUUUGCACUGAUCCGCUCAAUAUACAAUGAGGGACACUCAACUGAAAAGAUGGCAUUUGUGGCUAAACGGUGCGGAGUGAAGUUUAAACCUCCUUCCAUAGUCUUGAUCUACGAAGAUAAGGACACCAAGAAGUUGCGCCAAAGAAUCAUGCCAGUGAGAAAUUUCUCACAACAUUCAGACUGCAGCCAGGCGGCCGAGCGUCUGAAGAACAACGCCCGGCACCGGGCCUACCUGGAGGGCGUGUCCCUGCGGCAGCUGGAGCGGCUGCACACGGUGCUGAGGGACCGCCUCCGUGGCCGCACCCUGGAGCAGAGCCUGGCCUCGCUGCACCUGGACCCCGACGAGGACCUCAACAAGCUGGGCGACGAGGAGCUGGCCCGCAAGAAGGCGCAGAUGGACGAGCUGUUCGAGCGCAACCGCAAGCGCAAGGAGGACCCCGACUUCGUCUACGACCUGGAGGUGGAGUUCCCCGAGGCGGGCGACCGGGAGACCUGCAGCUGGGACGAGGACGAGUCUGACGACGAGUUUUAGCCCCCCCAUUCCAGCUCGUCCUGCUCCAGAUUCACAGAAAAACUGUUAUACACAUAGGCAUUACAACACUGCAGGGUGCUGUGAGAAUGGCAAGAAGUGUGAGCUAGUGAAAUGCCUCACAGAGGCAGUGAAUGCUGAGGACUCGUACUGCAGAGCUGCUGUUUCUGGCUCCGCUUCUGAGGAGGGAAAAAGAAAGAAAGAUUAUUUUGAAUCAUACUGUGGAGGAAUGCAGGCUUUGUUCCGAUCUGUUCCAUUCCUCAUACCCCAUUCUAUAGCUUGUGUGUAGAUCGUCACUAAAGGGACCCGAGAUCUGCAUCCGUGCCCAAGUUAAACAGGUGAAAUACCUUCGACUCAUUCAUUCCAUAACUCACCUGAUGCUUAGUCAUAUGAGGAAGGGUUGUAAGUAUCUCAGCUAUUCCAGCUCCAGCAUUUCUAUCAGCUUGUGUUCAGGAAUAAAUAUCGCUGACAAUGAAGCUAUUCAGUAAAGUCAAAAAUCAGCAGGGAUCAGUACCAGAACGGUAAACCUCAGGAAACGGGAGCUUUUUGUAUAUCCAGAGUACAGAUGCAACUAGUUAGAAAAUAAAUGUUAAGAAGAACACGAGAACAGGUGCUUGGGGUAAUGAUCACAUGACCUUUGUUUCCCCAGCAGGUAUUCAGCUGGAACUUGAAUUUGUAGUUGUAACUAUAGGUAAUUAAUGUUAUCCAAGGAGCUCUGCUUGGGCUGUUGCUGGAAAUUAAAGCAUUGCUUUUAAACAAACGCAUUAUUGUGCAGUCCCACCUUUGCAGAUUAUAAUGGGAGAAUGAUUCCUAGAAAAACGAAGAAAACUGAGGUGCAGUAAUAAUCGCUUGCCACAAAAAUACAUUUAUUUAUGCCAAUACAAAAGUGGCCAAAAAUACACACGGACACAAUAAACCUUU